AUGACUCAUCAAUUGAACCUUCAUACACUGCCAGUGGAACUCUUCUAUCGAAUUCUGAAUUAUCUGGAUGAUUUUACGAUCAUUUCUGCAUUGAGUAAUGUUUGUAAACGCGUUGAUACGAUGAUGGAGAAUUAUCGUCGUUACAAGGCAUUGACUACACUUCAACUUUGUAACUAUAACAUUGGUUUAGAAGGUGCAGCAAAUCUUGCCAAUGCUCUCAAACACAACAAAACGAUCACUAUGCUUGAUAUUGGACUCAAUGAGAUUGAUGCUCAGUCGAUGUCGUAUAUCGCUGAUGGCUUACGAGAAAAUCAAGGAAUACUUAAAUUAAGUCUCCAUUUGAAUAAAAUCGGCUCAAAAGGAGCAGAAUAUCUUGCUGAUGCACUGAAACAAAAUCAAACACUAACCCGACUGAAUCUUCAUUACAAUCGAAUUGGCGAUGAAGGAGCACGACACUUUGCUGAUACAUUAAGACAUAAUAAAGCACUACUGAGAUUGAAUUUGAUACGUAAUGAAAUUGGAGAUCAAGGAGUGGCACAUCUUGCUGAUGCUUUACAAGAAAAUCAAACGCUUACAACGCUCUAUCUCGCAGAAAACCACAUCGGUCAUCAAGGAGCUCAACAUCUUGCCCAAGCUUUACAGAAUAAUCAUACACUGACAAUACUCUAUGUUGCUCAAAACCCAAUUACGGACGAAGGAGCAAAACAUUUUGCUGAAGCUUUAAAACAAAAUCAAACCCUCACCACUCUGAGCUUGAAAAAGAAUCAAAUCGGUGACCAAGGAGCAGAAUAUCUCGCUGAUGCUCUUACUAAAAACAAGACACUUACGACACUUCAUCUGAAAUGGAACCACAUUGGUGAUCAAGGAGCCAUCUCUCUUGCUAACGCUCUCCGUGAAAACAAAACGUUGAUCUUUGUGGACAUUCGUUUCAACGACAUCAGUGAUGAAGGAAAAAGUCAUCUGAUGGAAAUACGAAGACUAAAUCGAAAACUGAAACUGAUUUUCUAA